CAGGCCAGGCAGAGCGCUUCACGUGGCGAAAACAAGUGGGAGAUUUGUUUCUAGUAGUUCAAUAAUUUCACGGUUUUUCCAAGAUUUUUUUUAAACACAUAUCUUUUUACAGAAAGCAGUGAAGAAUAAAGACAGUUAAAAUAUAUCUCAAUAUGCAGUUUCCACUUUUAUUAUUAACUCUAUUGGGUGUAAUAAAUAUUAGUACUGCAUGGCGUACUUUCUUGAGAGGCCGGAGUAAACAUGGCAAUUUGGGAGAACCACUUUUGUCUUCUAAAACAUAUGUGCUUCCUAAAGAACAAUGGUUUACACAGUAUUUAGACCAUUUUAAUCCAACUGAAACCCGUGUUUGGAAGCAGAGAUAUUUUGUUAACUCCAAUUUUUACAAGCCUAAUGGCCCAAUAUUCUUAUUGAUUGGUGCAGAAGGUAUGGCAAAUGCCACAUGGAUGGUGGAAGGUCAAUGGAUUGAAUAUGCCAAAGAAUUUGGAGCAAUGUGUUUUUAUGUAGAACAUCGUUUUUAUGGAAAGAGCCAUCCUACUGCAGAUCUCAGUGUAAAGAACUUGGUGUACCUAAGCUCGCAACAAGCAUUAGCAGAUUUAGCAUAUUUUAUUGAAAACGUUAAUAUUGGAUACAAAUUUUCGAACAACACGAAAUGGAUUGUAUUUGGAGGAUCGUACGGUGGAUCUUUAGCUGCAUGGGUGCGCGCAAAGUAUCCUCAUUUGGUACAUGGUGCUGUGUCUGCUAGUGGACCAUUGCUAGCACAAAUUGAUUUCCAAGAAUAUUUUGUUGUUGUUGCAAAUGCCCUGAAAGAGUAUUCUCAAAAAUGCAUUGACACAGUAGCAGAAGCUAACAGAGUGUUCCACAUAUUACUACAUCACGUCGUCGGUCAACAGGAAAUACAGAAAAAAUUCAAAUUGUGCGAUCCAAUUGAUCCCGGACAUACAAAGAAAACAGACAUCUCUAAUCUGUACGAAACAUUAGCGGGUAACUUUGCUGGCAUUGUACAAUACAAUAAGGAUAAUCGCCAAAACUCCCAAACUGCCAAUAUCACUGUUGAAACUGUAUGCAAUAUAUUGGAAAACGAUAAGAUAGGAAGUCCUAUUGAUAGACUCGCUUAUGUAAAUAGCAUGAUAUUAAAUGCUACCGAAGAGAAGUGUUUAGAUUAUAGAUAUGGCAAGAUGAUCCGUGAACUUCGAAAUGUCACAUGGGCUAGCGAGCAAGCGGAAGGAGGACGUCAAUGGAUGUAUCAGACUUGUACAGAGUUUGGAUUCUUUCAAACCUCAACUGCGCAGACCAAGAUAUUCAGCGAUAGCUUUCCAGUGAACUUUUUUGUACAGCAAUGCAUCGAUAUCUUCGGACCUAAAUUCAACUUGGAUUUAUUGGACUCUGCCGUCUAUCGAACGAAUGUUUUAUAUGGCGCAUUAGAUCUACAAGUGACAAAUGUAGUAUUUGUACACGGUUCUGUCGAUCCUUGGCACGUACUGGGCAUUACACGCUCUUCUAAUCCACAGGCACCUGCCAUCCUCAUCAAUGGCACUGCUCAUUGUGCGGAUAUGUAUCCUUCGUCCGAACAUGAUGUGCCUCAGUUAAAAGAGGCUAGACUACAAAUAAAAGACCUAAUCAAACAAUGGCUAAAAAACUGAAGCUCUCUACGUGUGAUAUUAUAUGUGAUAACGAUGCAAAAUACAAAAAUAUGUAGUUUAAAGUUUUCAAAAUAAAAUUUUUUUAACGGUUUUUCUCAAAAUA